AUGCAGGACGCAGAACUGGCCAAGCGAAAGAAACGAUGCUACGAUCUAGUGGUGCAGCUUGAUGAGCUCGAGGGCCAACAACGCGUGCAAGAUGAGCACCUCCAGAAGAUUAAGCGACAAAAGACCGAUCUGCACACCGAGUUCGAGAACGAGAAGCGAUCCUUUGUCGAGGAGUGGGCCAAGGCGGAGGCAGCAACGAAUCGGGACGCCGAAAUUGAUCGAGCCGAGCGCGCAUGGAACGAAUGGGUGAGUUACGCUAAGGCUCACCCGUCUGAGGCCCGUCAGGCGGUUGUGGAGGUGGCCGAGAACAACGCUCAUCCACCGAGCGACAGCGCAGCGGCAGCCGCGACCGACACCAACGAAGAGGGCAUCCCCGUGCCGCAGCUCCAAGAGCGAGCGCAAGUGGCCGAGCCUCCGCGUCUGCGCUCCACCCGAAGAUCGAGGCGCAGCUUCUCGCUGACCAGCCCCACCGCCCCGUCCACGCCCGUGCGCAAGAAGCUCGAGUGGGACGAGAACGCCGCCCACAACGAAGGCUCUGACGCGUCAGAGCUGAUGCCCUCGCCCGGUGGCCCCCCGUCGUCCGCGUCGUCGUCGCCCGCCUCCACCACGACAGCGGGAGGAGCAGCAGACAGUUCCGCUGCGCCUGUGCUGUGCAAGUUGCCAACUCCGGUGCGCGGUCGUUCGACUUCGCCGGCGGCCGCCAGCGCCGGUGCGACGACAGCCGCCACUGCCCCACCCAGCAGGAAGGAGCUGAUCGACGAGCUGCUCAAUCCUUCGCCUUCGUCAUCAUCUUCAUCACCAGUGCCCCAGGUCGUGGUCUCCGCUCCACCAUCAUCCGCGAACUCGGCCCGCGUCCUUUUCGAGGAGUGA